CUUUCCGAGUCGGACCCCCGCUUAAUGCUGCUCUACGAUGUGAAUAGAGCAGACCAUAGCCUGCUGCCAAUCCUUGACCAAGAAGCAAAUGGUACACUUGCUUUCUUCGAGAAGUCUUCAACACAUCUGAAGACGGAUGAUCAGGAGUUCAACAUCUUGCCUCAGACAUCCCUCUUAGACCAUGAACAAAUUGAAACUAUGACAGCACCGAUUCCUGGUGAGGUUGAUAGUACGGUAACAUCAAAACCUGGUCAGACUGCUGUUGAAGUUGCAGAAGAGGCACUAAUAUGCGCCGAGCAGAAAGACUCCGAGAUCAAGUCUCCUGCUUCUCUGCAACAUGAUGUUCUUUCAAACAAAAGGCAGUUUUCAGAGGGAUUCAGAGCUUCCACACAAAGCGAACUGUCUGAAGAAAACAGUGGCGAUCCUGCAAUGGAGCCCGAUCUUUCUGAAGUCUACGCAUCACCUGCGGAGAUUUUCGAGGACAUGAAAUGUCUUUUCCGCGCUCUUGUGGAAAAUAUUAAAACUCUGAACUCCUUUCCUCUUUCUACUAUCACGGCCUGGAGUAACAGCAUAAAUGAAAGAAUCACAUCGGCUAUCAUCCCAGAGCAGAGCUCCAAGACCCAAUCGCCCAAGCCAAACAAGAUCAAGUAUUGCCAACUCGUGACCAGGGGGACAAGACAUCAAGGCUGGUACGACCUAGCUUGUCCCGGCGUGCAGUGCGCGACCAUGGCGUACCUUGCGGUGCUAAGAUCCUGCAUCAAGGACAUCAGAAAAUGGACAUCACAAGACCUUGACUCUCUGAUCAAGACAGGGGACAAGGAGCACAGCAAACGGCUAACGGAGGUCAAGCUUACCCAGAGCUCAGCCCUCCUCAUCGAUGAACUAAACCUUCAGAUCAAAGUCUGGAAUCGUCAGUUUAUCGUACAGAAAGAGGUCUGCUGUGGUGACAUCAUCAAGGAUGUCAGCUCAUGGACGGAUGAGUGUACCGAUCCAUAUCUCCCCCUGGAACGCAGCUUUGAGCAACUGAAAUACUAUAACAAGUUUCUACUCCGCUUCAUGAACCUGACCAUCGCUAUUAUUCGAACGUCGACUGGCUGGAUUAUGUACGAUUCGCACGCCAGGGAUAACGAAGGAUACGCUGAUCCUGAUGGAUUUUCUGUUCUCUUGGCGUUUGAUGACGUCACGAGCGUGAUUAAACAUAUUCGGCAGUUUGUGGACUGCAAAGGAUUUCUGGAGAUGUCUAACUUGCCGUUAAACGAAUGGCAGCGAUCGUAUGAGUUGGUCGGCUUAACUGUUAUGCUAUCUGGGAGAUGAUACGUCCUAGGGAUUCUGCUUGGGAUGUCUGUAUCUGUGUCAAUGUCCAUCCAAUGGUCAUCUUGAGAUGUAUCUAUCACUGCUUUUACUGGGAAAAAAUCUCGAGCAAAGGUGGUUUAAGCCUGAGACUUCAUAUCAAAACUACUAUUUCUGGAAAAUAAAUCUUAAGCCAAGGUG